GGUCGAAAAAACAUUGGUUACAGGUUUGGUAUAUGAUUGGUUCGACGAUAUAUUUCCAAAUCAUCUAACGCGAAUUGGAACAAGUGACAACGAUGUUAAUUCGAGUUCCAUUCAAAGUAAUGUUGAACUCGAUGAGUACAAGAUUCUCAACCACAACAGUGGAAUUCUAAAAUUCGAGGGCUGCAUUUCUGCGGAACGGAAAACAUAUUCCAAAGUCACAAUUGAUGAAAUCCAGUUUCACGUCGGUGAUGCGGUCGAAGUGUAUUCCGAUGCUGAGGGAGAACGCUGGAUUUGUUACAUAACCGAAUUUCAGAAGAGCGAAGACUCUGGAACAUUUCGUUUACUUUGGUUAUAUACUCGUGAGCAAUCUGUUCUCGGUAAUUUAAAUCGAGAUUUUGGAUCAAGACAUGAAAAAGAAAUUUUUUUUACGACUCACUGUGAGUGCAAUUUCGUUCUGAUGGGAAUUAAUAAUAUAAGGCGCAAAGUGAAAGUCUAUUUCGACGAACCAGAAUAUUUGGAUCUAAGCGGUGAUCAUAUGUACUUCUGUCGAUAUUAUUAUCGACACACGGAAUGUGCCUUCUUGAGAUUUAAUAUGGAAAUGCUUGCAAAAAAAAAUGGAAAUUUUCCUUGUGGAUGUACAAAUCUCAAGAUGAGUGAUCUCGAAAACUUUAUGCGAUUAUAUGACGCGGGCGACUGUGUCUUAAUUAGUCCUCUCGAAGGUGACCCUCUGGAUUUAUAUACUGUAUGUAGUGUCGAAAGUAUUAAUUCCGAAAAGGGGACUAUCAAUUUAAGACGAUUUUAUAGAAUGAAUGAAGUCACCGAAAAGCCACGAGAUUCAAACAAAAUCCACGAAGUCUUAUACUCAGAUUACACUUUUGAAUUUAACGAUUUUCAAAAGAUAGUCCGGAAAUGUCAUGUGGAAUUCAUUGACAAAGAGUGUCCAUUACCGGUCAAUCUUCAGCACAAGGGUGCUGGAAAUCAAUUCUUUUUUUGGAGAAAAUAUUUUCGAGACUCGAGGGCGAUCUGCCCCAUAGUCGAUUCUGAAUGGUUCACUUCAAAGUUCCCUAGUUACUACAAAAAAACUGGACAUAUCGCUAGACUUGAUGGAUUGGAUCUGUUUUGCGGAGGUGGUUCAUUAGGUCGUGGGAUGGAAGAUGCCGGAAUUGUGCAUUGUCGAUGGGCAAUCGACAAGGAUGUAGCAGCCCUGAGGACAUAUCGUCAUAACGUGCAAGGAGGUCAUAUUAAUGUCAUUAAUGAGGACGUCAAUAAAAUUCUUGAAGGUGUGAUCCUUGGCACCGGUAAUAUUCAGGGUGCCCCGGAUAAAGGAGAGGUAGGCAUUAUUCUUGCGGGCCCGCCUUGCCAAGGAUUCAGUAUACUGAACAGGGAGAGAACUAACGUGAAAAGUGUGAAUAAUAACUCUAUGAUCGCAUCCGUCGCCUCUUUCAUAGAUUAUUACAAACCUCGUUACAUCUUGAUAGAGAAUGUUACGGAAAUUAUAAAACAUCAAGUAUUUGUGAGGCUAUUGGGAUUUUUACUCGAACUCAAAUAUCAAAUUAGAUUCAACAUCGUAUCCGCCGCUCAUGUGGGAUGCGCCCAGAAACGUUAUAGGGUAUUUUUGUGGGGAGCUCUUAUGGAUGAGGUAUUGCCUGAGAUGCCUCCAAUGACACAUAGUUACAAAGAUUGCAGUAAAUUCAGGGAACUUAAGACAUUUCAAAUGGGAGGCUUCAAGUAUGAGAAAACCUCUAGUUUCCCGAUGAUAUCGAUAAGAGACUUAAUUGGUGACCUUCCUCGUAUAGACACAGGAAUCUAUUGGCAUCCCGAGUAUCCGGAUCAUCAUACACUUGUCAGAAGCACGAGGUUAAGAGAAAUCCUUCGUAGGAUUCCUCCAUGCUCACAUUAUCACCUUGCUCGCGAACUAGGUUUGAUACCCGAUAUAUAUAUGCAUGAGGUGUACGAGAAAAAAAAAAUUAUAUUUCCCAAAGCUAAAUAUCUACAGAGGGUAGAUGGCGACGACAUAUUUUCGACUAUUGUUACCGGGAUGUCAGGUGAUGCUUGUUGUCCCAAAGCCGUCCAUUAUGAAGAACCCCGUAUGUUAUCUGUAAGAGAAGCAGCUAGGGCACAAGGAUUCUUGGACUCGGAUAUAAUUUGCGGUACCCUGAGGGAUCAAUACCGCAUAAUAGGAAAUUCCGUACCUAGAAAUAUUGCUUUUACCCUCGGAGUACAACUCGUUCGCGCACUGACAGAUCCUCGACACAAUGCAAAUCUAUUAAUGACCGACUAG